AAAGGUGAUUAUUUUCUCCGGUCACGAUUCCAUUCAUAUAGCCCACGGCCUGAUUCUACUUCCUAGUCGAGAUCAAUUGUCUUGACUCACUCUCCCCACAUUUCUCCAAACAUCCCGAAAACCCUCAACCCUCCCAUACCUACAACCGCCAAAAUGACCAUCCCCCUCUCAACAAUCGCCACUUUCCGCACAACCUUCAACCCGUUCGUCCGCUCCGCGCGUCCCUGCAGACUCAUCCUCUCUCUGCUCCGCAACCCCACGACCACCCCGGCCUCCAGCCCGGGCUUCAUCGAUAUCAAAGUCACCCAAUUGCCGCGGCACUCGACGCAAGAGCCCGAGCUGACGAUAGGGUUCAAGAACGGCAAGGAAUUGAAGAUUGAGGUCGGAAAGCGCCAGAUGAAGAUCGGGGAUGUAAUUGAGGAGAUUGCGCGUGUGGGUCGUGCCAUUGCCAGAGAGGAGGCGCUUAAGUCUUGAUUGAUCGCUUGGUUAAUUCGGGUUUCUUUUGUCUGUUUUCUGUGUGUUUACGAUUAGACUAUGAGUGUGUUGGGCAUGGCAUGGCAUGGCAUGGGGGUGUGUGCGUUGGGGUGGUUCUGCCGUGGCAUUUGGAGACUACGGCAGGAUUGAUGGGUUGCUUUGACGGGCUUUAGUGCUGUUAAUGGCAUCAGGGGUGAAUGAGGUGGUUUUGAGAGACUGUUAUGUCGGUCUAUCUGUACUAUCAUGUUUUGUAUGUGUAUGUGUAUAUAUUAGCCAUUGAGUGAUACUCCG